GUGGCGUCGGGGUAGCGCCGCGGCGCGGGCUGUGCGUGGAAACAGUACGGAAUAGGGGGAGGUGGUGGAUAGCGUCGACAUUGGCCGCCGUUAUGAGUCGUUUAUUGAUACAUGCUGGACGAGCCAAUCAGGGCGAGGAUGCUGGAAAGAAACGAAAUGAGUUUGACAGCCUCCCUACCAAGCGACUCAUGUCGUCUCAGGAUCUCGACUCCCAUGCUAACUCUUUUGGGAGCCCUGUCGGCUAGUGAGCGACUUGUGCACGCCGAAUCUGCUCAAUCACCCACUAGGCGCGAUUCUCCUGAAGCUUAUGGUCGCCAGCCGCAGGACGGCAGAGAUGCGGGCUGGCAGGCUGCACAAACAUGCAAGAGGGCGACGCCAAUGUUGAGCGUCUUGGUCAAGUGGAUUCAGUUACGCGUCGUGGCAUCUGUAGGCCACACCGCUCUUGGCUCCAUCACUGAACACCUGAACAAAGCGACGGUUAAGGGACCAUCUCGAAGGGCUAGCAUUGCGACACCCCCGAGGCCCGUCAGCCCCGAGAUUUGCUGUGUCCACUCAUUGACAUAUCGAGGAGCCUCCCCGCGUGCGCGCAAAAAUAGCCACCUGCUGAAAGGAGAGGGCGCGAAUUCAAGCCGUCUGUAACUGACAAUGC